AUGCUCCCUCCCAAGCUGUCCUCGAGCCCUGUGUUCUCAGACACCGAGUACCAUGCUCAACCCUCCAUACGGCCCGGUAUGUGGGCAAGUGUAUCGUCUAAAUAUCAACCCUAUAAAUGUGUGUCCCAUUUCGAGUGCCCUGGUGGGCCUGCUGGUCAGUGUGCUGCCAGGCGGACUGGCACUGCAUGCACUCUGUGCGAGGAAGGAUACUUCCGUUUCAAUGGUGCCUGUCGAGAGUGCUCCCCCAGCCACCGUCUCACGUUGAUAGCCGUGCUAGUUCUUAUGGCAGCAUUCUGCUAUGCUACUUAUCACAUGACCGGUGGUAGCACUAUGUUGCAUCAAGUGACUACCUUACUUGGUGUCACCAUGUCCCUUGGCCAUAUUAUAAAGUACCUUCAACUGAUGGCGCUAUUCGGCCUCAUCCUGUUCGAGUGGCACAUCAGUUCGAUAGACGAUAAUUCUUGGAGCUCGCUCCUGAAGGCUCUACGGCUUGCCUUGUUCGACUUCACCGAAGUGCUGUCCCUGGACUGCUGGGCUAAUGGUAUAUCCCCUCUCGCCUCGUACACCAUCCGUAUGCUCAUCCCCGUAUUCCUCUAUGGUUCAAGCGUUAUCGCCUCGUCAGUGGCUUUGGACGGGGGUACGCACUACGAGUGGGAGCACUUGAGCCUGGCGAAUUCCAUAGGGCAGAUAACACAGGCCCUCUUUAUCCCCAUCGUGGUAUCAUCAUUGGCCCCCUUGCAGUGCUUCUCUCACCCUAGCAGGGAUGCCCAAUCUGUUCUCCAAUACCCUGAGCAGCUGUGCGAGGGCGGGGAGUACUGGGCGAUGGUUGGCAUCGGCAUUGCUGGCCUCUUGAUAUACGUCAUCGGCUUCGUAUGUCUGGUCUUCUGGGCUACACUAUGGGUUGGAGAGCUCUGUGAAACUGACCCGUCGUACAUGAAGAGGUUCCGAUUCCUGUUCUACCGAUUUCGCCAAGACCGCUAUUACUGGUCGACCAUCAUUGUUACACAGAAUAUGGCUCUAUCUCUCGUGCCGUUCAUCAAGGUCGAUGACAUGUAUGUUAAAUGA